AUGCGGUUCUCAUUACGGACACCGCUUCUCCUUCUCUCCUCUCUCGCAGCGUUCAUCGCCCCGACCGUUGCGGGAGAGCCGCUACUGAAAUCAAAUUCUCUGAACACAUGCCAGGAGAACUCUGGUUUCACUGCUAGUCUGUUCAGCGUCGUUUUCACGCCAAACAACGGCUCUGCACUGGUCGACAUUGUUGCUGUCUCCUCUAUUCAGGGUAGCGUUGUUUUCGAUGUAGCCAUCUCCGCCUAUGGAUACCAGAUUAUCAGGACAACCGUCGAUCCUUGCGACGUCGGCCUCGCCGGUCUUUGCCCCAUGACUGCUGGAAAGAUUCCUCUGACCUUCGUCUUGCCCGUCAGCGAGGAUGCCGUCAGCCAGAUUCCUGGAAUCGCCUACAGUUUCCCUGAUCUUGAUGCCAAGGUCAAGGUCUUCAUCAACAUGACUGAGGAUGGCAGCAAGACUGGUGACAGUGUCGCUUGCGUCGAGGCCAACGUCUCAAACGGAAAGACUGUCGAUUUGAUUGGCGUGAAGUGGGCCACCGCUAUCGUCGCUGGUCUCGCCCUGGCUUCAUCCGCCGUUGUCUCUGGACUGGGUCACUCCAACGCUGCAUCUCACGUCGCCGCUAACGCGCUCUCUCUGUUCGGCUACUUCCAGGCUCAGGCUAUGCUUGGUCUUACCGGCGUUCCGUUACCGCCCGUUGUGAUGUCUUGGACACAGGAUUUCCAGUGGAGUAUGGGCAUUAUUAGAGUUGGCUUUAUGCAGAGUAUCUUCACAUGGUAUCAGAGAGCAACAGGAGGCACGCCAUCCACGCUCUUCGACUCUUUGACCACCGUAUCUGUUCAGGUUCAGAAGCGCUCUCUGGAGGUUGCUGAGCCUGCCCUAAACCUGUUCAAGCGUUCCAUUGCCAUGAUGCCCCGAAGCAUUGUUGAGCCUGCAAUCAAGCUCGCCAAGCGAGGAAACAUCACCACUGGAUCUGGAGCUUACCUUGUCUAUGGCAUUCAGCGUGUUGCUUUCCGAGCAGCGAUUGAGUCGACCAACCUGUUCAUGACUGGCUUGGCCUUCUUCUGUAUUUUCGUCGUCUUCACCAUCCUCGGUGUUGCCGCAUUCAAGGGUUUCUGCGAAUUGGCCGUUAAGCAAAAGUGGAUGGCCAGUGACAAGUUCCUCGAAUUCCGCAAUGGCUGGUUCACUGUCCUCAAGGGUAUUCUCUUCCGCAUGACUCUCAUCGGAUUCCCUCAGAUGACCAUCCUGUGCAUGUGGGAGUUCACACAGAAGGACUCUGCUGCUGAGGUCGUUCUCGCCGUCUUCUUCUUCUUCGGCAUGGCUGCUACCCUUGGAUGGGCUGCAUCGAAGGUGAUCCGUAUUGCACGACGCUCCGUCGCCAUGCACAGAAACCCUGCCUACAUCCUGUUCUCCGACCCUCAGGCCUUGAACAAGUGGGGUUUCCUCUACGUGCAAUUCCGCGCUUCCGCCUACUACUUCAUUGUUCCCUACCUCAUUUACAUUCUCAUCAAGGGCAUGUUCAUUGCCUUCGCCCAGUCGAGCGGCACUGUUCAGGCCAUUGCCUUCAUCUUGAUCGAGGCCGGUGCUCUCAUUGGGGCUUCUGUCCUCCGACCUUGGAUGGACAAGAGCACAAACUCGUUCAACAUUGCCAUCUGCGCCAUCAACUUCCUGAACGCCGUCUUCUUGUUGAUCUUCACGGAUGUCUUCAACCAGCCUCCUCUGGUCACUGGUGUCGUCGGUGUGGUUCUCUGGAUUGCCAACGCUGUCUUUGCACUGGUCCUCCUGAUCAUGCUUAUCGUCACCACUGUCAUUGUCUUCUUCCGCAAGAACCCCGACGGCAGAUACCAGUUCAUGGCUGACGAUCGUGCGUCUUUCAUGAAGUCGCAGACUCAGCUGACCACGACCACCGAACUGGAUGCCCUGGCAGCAACUGCCCGAGGUGACAAGGGUGGCUACAAGCCUGGUCUGGAUCUUGAUGACGACGCCGAUUCGAUCUCAUCGGAUUCGCUUAAGCGCCGAACCGACCCCUCGAACAUGCCGAUUCGUCCAGGCACAGCUAACUCAUACCGGCCCAACUACAACGAGCCUCCUCGCUCACCCGUGGAUCCUUCCGUUCCUUUGUUCCCCGCGAACGGACGGCCGCCUCAGCAAGGGUAUGAGAGCCCGUACGGAGGACAACAGUACCUCCGCCAGCAACACAGUGGCCAGUCCAUGAACAGAGCCCCGAGUCCAUUCAACGGCUCAACAUCAAACCUGUCUUCCGGCUAUCGUUCACAGCACAACGCUAGCCCCGCCGGGUUCCGAUCACAAAACAACGCCAGGUAA